AUGGCAAUGAACGACGAGGGCGCAGGCAUCCUCCCCACCGUUGAAGCUCCUAUUAUUCACAGCGUCCAGCGCACCGACGCCUUGGAUGUGAAGACCAACGACCAGACCAAUGGCCACAGCAAUGGCAGCUCGCCUACCCCUCCAGCCACAACGCCCCCUCCAAUUGAAAGCCUCACGCCCGGCACCCCUGAUAUGGCCAAGGUCGCCGCCCCCGCCCCCCACCGCCCCUCCCCCGGCUACACGCCCAGCGGCAUCUCACCCACAGUUGCCAUCGCAGCGAAUGCACCCCGUCGCCCGUCGCCCUGGUACGAGAUCACCCCACUCGCCGACUCGCCCCUCAGUCGCCAGGGAAGCAUGCCCUCCCUCUCGCCGCCCUACACCCCGUCGCCACGGUACGACAGCGACGACAGCGUUGCUGGGAGCGUGACGUCUCAGGCGAUGCGCGAGUGGGACCGCCUCGUCGCGACGCCAAACAACGAUUACAAGCGCCACGCACUGGUACCCAGCGCGCGCGGGUUGCCUAAACUGGCGGCCGAGCGUGACCGUGAAGGCCACAUCGAGUACAAGCUCAAGCUCAUUGAGCCGAGUCCUGAGCGCCUGGCGAGACUGGUCACCCAGAUGCUCUGGCGUCUCAAGCAGGGGCGAAACGAGGCGAUCUAUGAGCUCGGAUUGGCUGAUGACGGAACGGUUAUUGGCCUCACGCGAGCUGAGAUGGACGCAAGCCUGGCUACAUUGGAGCGGAUGGCCGCCGAGGUCGGUGCCACUGUCCUCGUCCUCAAGGAGAUCGUGGUCGCCGCGCCACGGGAGCGCCGGCCCGAUCUUGACGAGCACGGUCGCCCGCGGAAAGGAACGCGAGUGCUCGACGAGAAGAAGCGUAAGGGGCCCGAGCCGCCGCGUCUCGGCGCGCGCGCCAUUAUCUUUGGCGACGAUGACGUCGACUCUGUCGACGACGAGGACGACACGACCGGCACGGACACUGGUGCCGAGGAUGGCCAGCUCUUCCCCCUCGAGAUGGAGUGCAAGAAGCCUCUUGGUCCGCUCGAUGCCGAGGCCGCCGCGCGCGCCGAAGCCAAGCGUCGCAAGUCUGCUGCGCGGAGAGAGGCUCGUCGCCUCGACCUCCUCCGUGGCGAUGGCACCGGCAUUCCGUACGCUGAGCGCUCGCGAUCGCCUGUCGCCGAGUUCAUCGGGCACGCGCCGGCGCACGGCAUCCCCGCUUUCCCCCAGGUCCCCGGCGCGAGCAGCCUGAGAUUAGGCCGUCACAAUAUAGUGGGCAGCGCGGACGAUGCGUUCCUCGAUGGUCUCGUUCAGCCUCUUGACAACCUGAGUCUGAGCUUUGCCGACGUGCACUCUGCCGCUCCCAGCGCAGCCACAUCGCCGACCAAGCCAUGCCUGCUCGAAGCCGGCCUGCUCGACCCCGCCCUCUCCCCGCCAGGCGAGGAACUCGUCUGCGUCGAGGCGUUGGUCGUGCGGAAGCGUCACGGCGACGAGUGGGAGUAUGAUGGUGAGGGCGACGGUUGGGGCUUUGGCACCGGGAGUGACGAGGCCGACGCCGACGAUGGGUGGGGCUUCUAG